AAGUAGAAAUAGGAAAUUAACAAUAAAUUAUAUCAAAAAUAAGUUAAUAAACAUAAAAAAAUGUUAAUCUCCACAAAGGUUUAUGGCACCAGUGUGGUUUUCAGCAUGCACUUUAAGUUUUUAGAAGUACAUUUUACUCAUGCCUUGAUUUUGAGAAUGAGUCUGUAACAUCUGGCUGGAGAGUGACCCUGCAGAUUUCGUGCAGCUGUGAGAGGUUAGAUCUCCCAUCAUGGGUCAGUGAGUGUGUGGGUCCUCUCCGCCUUCAGUCCUCUCAUACAUCAAUGGGAAUGGGAUCGUGAAACGUCUUUCAUUCACUCCGAAUGAGAUCCUGCUCUUGCUUGGUGUUUUGACCAUAAAUAUUUGUCUUCCGCUUGCCUACCCUUUUGUGAGAUCAUUGGACAAUUUUAUCGAGCAGGGUCACUUCAUAAACAUGAACUAGCUGAGGCCAUGGAAGUGGAACAGGAAGGACUGGUAGAACAUCAGCCUCUGGAGCAGGAUGACCUCAACUUUGAGAAAUGGAAGCCCAAGCCAAAGCCCAAGAGGACACUGCAUGAGAAAAUCGAUGACCUAAAGACAUACCUGUGGAACUCAGAGACUAAGGAGUUUAUGGGUCGCUCAGGGAAGAGUUGGAGCCUUAUUCUGCUCUUUUACUCUGCAUUAUACAUUUUCCUGGCAGCCAUGUUUGCUGGCUGUAUGUGCUGCCUGAUGUGGUCAAUUAGCCCCUAUGCUCCUACCUACAAUGACAGGGUGAUGCCACCAGGUAUGACAAUGUCCCCUCAUGUAGAUGUAGCUCAUGGGUUUGACAUUGCUUUUAAUGCCUCUGACCGCAGCUCAUGGAAGAAGUAUGCAAAAUCACUGGAAGCCCAUCUGAAAUCCUAUGACGAUGCAGUUCAGGAGAGGCGCAAUAUUGUAUGCAAAGGAAAUAUGUAUUUCAUGCAGGAUGACAUGGAGGAGAGUGCAGAGAGAAAGGCAUGUCAGUUUAAGAGGUCCUGGCUGGGGGAGUGCUCCGGCCUGCAGGACCGAGAUUUUGGCUACUCAAAGGGAAAACCCUGCAUCAUCCUUAAAAUGAAUCGGAUUCUUGGGUACCUGCCUGGUCAAGGCACUACAGUAAAUGUUACAUGUGGAGUAAAGAAAGGGUCCAAUGAAGGCCUCGGAGAAGUUGAGUUCUUUCCAAAAAAUUGGUUUAACUUGCAUUAUUACCCCUACUAUGGGAAACUGAGACAUGUAAACUACUCUUCACCACUGGUGGCUGUGCGCUUCGCUAGAGUCCAGUAUGACAACCAACUACAUGUUCAAUGCAAACUAAAUGGCAAGGGCAUCAUCAACGACUCACCAACUGACCGUUUCCUGGGUAGUGUGUCUUUCACUUUAGAAGUGGGUGCAUAGGAUUGUAGCAGACAUAGAGAAAUUGACAUUACAUUAUUUUACGAAAUAGUCCAGUGUGCUGUCUUUACCCAUUUCCCAUCUGAUUAUGCCUCCGGCAGCCACUGCGCUAUUCAUGUCUGUGAGCUGUGUUACUACAAUACACUUCCUUUUUAAACAAGGAAUCUCCCAGUAAGUAAACAAUGAGAUGAAUAUAUGCAGUGUAUUCAUAGGGCACAUUCAGAAAUAUAACAGUGAGUACCCAGCAUCUGGAGACUGAAAGGGCUAACAUUUUAUUAUUGUAUUAAAUGAAAAGACAUCAAGAUAUGUAGAUCACAACUACAGCUAAUGAGGUUUAAUCACUCAAACAAACAGUCUAAUGCAAGUAGGGAAAACAAUUCUCCAGAUCUGUGUAGACUUUAGAAUUAACAUGAAUUAAACCUUUUCAAUCAGUUCUUUUGGUAAGUCAGGUGUAUAUAACACAUAUUAAUUAAACAAUUCUUUAUUAUUUUUAUUCUCUGUUAAGAGACUCAUUAAAUUCUCCCUCUUUUGUACAAAUCAUCUGGACAAGAGAAAACGACAGGAAAGUUUAUUUCUGUUUUCUGCCACGAGCCAGCUAGCAACUUAACAUUAUAAUUUUGCUUGCUCAUUUAAUGGAAUAACAAUCAGAUGAGGUUUAGAAUUAAUGAUUAAUUGUACAUUAUGGACUAAAUGUGUUUUUUCUUCUUCUUUUGGAUGUACAACUAAAAUCUGAUUCCAGAGGCAAAUGUAUUUUACAAAAAAGUGGUACAAAAAAAAAAAAAAAAAAAAAUCCCUUUUCAUCAUUUUCACAGAGCUUCAUAAUGAAAUACAAGUUGAUCUUUAAGCAACCAUGCAACCAAUACUGUACUUCAUAAAUGAAAUAGAAUAUAUCUAUUAUAGAGUGAAAAUAUCUGUUACGUUACCUGUAAGAAGGAUUUCAACAGUAUUAUUUAUUAAUUGUGUUUGAAUAUGUUGACAUGGUACAAACAUUUAGAGGAAAUUGGUAACUUUGUCACUCAGUAAAUACAAUGAAAUAUCCAAUGGCUGACAAAGAUUUGCUAGCUCAUGUUUUUAAAAACACGCAUGUUCUAGCAUAAACAAUAAAGACGGAUGAGAAUUAACGGAAUGAAAUCUUUCUGCUCAGUUUUCCAUUCUCUUUAAAAUUAGAUGAGAUGUACAUCAUUUGAACAGAACUGUCACCACCACACUAAAUCUUCCAUGAUUUACUAAAUCUUCAACUGUAUACAGAUAUUAUUCUCAUUAAUAUGCAGACUUGAGUGAGAAGCUUCUAGAUUAUAAAGGCACCAUUCUUGUGACUCUUGUGUCAUCUGGAACUUUUA